UCCACUUGCAUGUUUGCAAGGUGAUGGUGUUAUAAACAGUGGGCGUAGAAGGCCACCGCGAUGUCCCUCUUUCGCAAGAGCCCCAAGAGCCCCCAGGAGGUGUCCAAAGCCCUCAAGGAUGCUCUCACGGCACUCGAACGGUCUGACAAAAAGGCUGAAAAGGUCAGUGGAAAAGGCAAGAAGGAUGUUGCUCAGAUAUUUAACAACAUUCUGCGGAGGCAAAUAGGAAUCCGAUCCCCAACAGUGGAGUACAUCUGUACUAAACCUGAGAUUCUCUUUACUCUAAUGAAAGGAUAUGAACACCAAGACAUUGCUCUACACUGUGGCACAAUGCUGCGAGAGUGUGCCAGGUAUGAGGCUCUUACACGAAUUAUUCUGUACAGUGACGACUUCUAUAACUUUUUCAAGUAUGUGGAAGUGUCAACCUUUGACAUCGCAUCUGAUGCCUUUUCUACGUUUAAGGAACUCCUGACAAAACACAAGAUGUUGUGUGCAGAGUUCUUGGAACAGAAUUAUGACCGAGUGUUCACACAGUAUGAGCAUCUUCUAAACUCGGAGAAUUACGUGACUCGUAGACAGUCACUCAAGUUACUUGGGGAACUUUUAUUAGACAGACAUAAUUUUUCUGUGAUGAAACGAUACAUCAGCAACCCUGAUAACUUGAAACUGAUGAUGAUAAUGUUAAAGGAGAAAUCCCGCAAUAUCCAGUUUGAAGCCUUCCACGUGUUUAAGGUCUUUGUAGCCAACCCCGACAAGCCCCGACCCAUCUUGGAAAUCCUCUUACGGAACCAGGACAAGCUUGUCGAGUUCUUGACGCGCUUCCACACAGACCGCUCCGAAGACGAGCAGUUCAAUGACGAGAAAGCUUAUUUAAUUAAGCAGAUUAAGGAACUGAAACCUCUUCCCCCGGACCAGUAGUAAUAGUGAACUAGAAGAAUUGAGUGGCAGCGAUGGGAGUAGCUUGGGCAAAGUCUGGGCUGCUGUUGAUUGAGCCACGUCAUUCGCACUGAGAGGCUCAUGAUAUAAGAGGAGCUCCCUUCAGAAAUAUGACAAACACCCAGUCUUGCCCUUCAAUCAGUAAUUUCAACAUUGUUUAGCUUCCUCUAUAUUAUGCCUUAGAGAUCCUCAAGCCCUGCUAAGGGGUUACCUGAGGGAUUGCUCAUAGCACGACCCUUCAUA